AUGGCCGCCGUCGCCAACCGCUACGUCGAGCUGGCCAAGGCCAUCCACCCGCGCCUGCAGCGCUUCCUGGCCAAGUACCCGCCCACCCAGAUCCUGCCCGUCAACACACGCGCGAAUUCGCUACAGGCUCAGGAGGGCGCUGUGCCGAACCCUUUCCUCCCACACAAGCACCCCGUCACCGGCAAGUGGCAGGAGCCCGAGUUCUCCCUGCGCCGCCAGGCCGAGCUGGUCAAGCUGGCCCGCGAGGCCGGCGUUGAGGAGCUGCUGCCCUUCACCAACAAGGGCACCGAGGAGCGCAUUCGCAAGCGUGUCGAGGAGGGUCUGCGUGUCAAGGGUACCGGUGUGGGACAGAAGGUCAAGGGUCAUCACCACGAGAGAAUGCUGGCCCCGAGAAUGGAAAAGAGACGUACGGCUAUUUUGGGCAUGCCGCGGCUGGUUAGGGAAUGGCGGAAGACGGGUACACGCAAAUGGACCAAAUUCCCCAGUUCGCCGCUCAUCACCAGCCAUUGGGCUACGCCACUGUUUGUUCCGCCUCUGGACGCAGCUCUCAAGACGUGGUUUGCAUCCCCCCAAAAGGUUUGUGCUUUAUUUCCUUCGUCCGAUAUUUCUCUACCAUCGUCAUUUCGUGUCCCGGAAUCAGGAGCUGGCGCAAUCCGGUUCAUGGUCACGUGA